AUGAAGUACGUGCUCGUGACAGGAGGUGUCAUUUCCGGCAUCGGCAAGGGCAUCAUCGCCUCGUCGACAGGCCUCCUGCUCAAAACCGAAGGCCUAAAGGUCUCCGCCAUCAAAAUUGACCCGUACAUGAACGUAGAUGCAGGUACGAUGGCACCGACAGAGCACGGAGAGGUCUUCGUCUUGGACGACGGUGGAGAAGUCGACCUUGAUCUCGGUAACUACGAGCGGUACUUGAAUGUCAAACUUACGCGCGACAAUAACAUAACGACCGGUAAAAUCUAUCAGCACGUUAUCGAGAAAGAGCGGCGAGGCGAUUAUCUAGGGAAGACGGUGCAGAUCGUGCCCCAUCUAACAGAUGCGACACAAGACUGGAUCGAGCGAGUCGCAAGAGUGCCGGUGGAUGAGACUGGCGCAGAGCCCGACGCCUGUGUAAUCGAGCUGGGAGGUACUGUCAACGAUAUCGAGAGCGCCCCAUUCCUCGAGUCGCUGCGCCAGCUGCGAAGACGUGCCGGGAAGGACAACUUUGUCCAUAUCCAUGUUUCCCUUGUCCCUCAAAUCCACGGCGAGCCGAAGACGAAGCCAACACAGCAAGCAAUAAAGGACAUUCGGGGUGUCGGCCUAGUGCCAGAUCUAAUUGCCUGUCGUUGCGCAACCCGUCUUGAACGCCCUGUGAUUGAAAAGAUUGCUGCUUACUGUCAGGUUGACGACGAGCAGGUCAUUGUCGUGCACGACAUUGAGUCCACUUACCGCGUCCCGAUGCUACUCAAGCAGCAGAAGGUAACGUCUCUUCUCACAAAAAUGUUCAACCUCGAGAAGCUUGUUAUUUCCGAGGCGCAGCGGAAGCAGGGGGGCGAGACCUGGAAGGCUUGGGAGUCCCUCACUGGUGUGUCCAAACAGCACCUAAAGACCGUCUCCAUUGCUCUGGUCGGCAAGUAUACCAAUUUACACGAUUCAUACAUGUCCGUCGUCAAGUCUCUUGAGCAUGCGUCCAUGGCCUGCAAUCGCAAGCUCAACGUGAUUUGGGUAGACGCCGAACAUCUCGAACCGCAGACCCAGAAUACUGAUCCGGCCAAAUUCCACAAGGCAUGGCACGAGCUGUGCACAGCCCAGGGCGUCCUCGUCCCCGGCGGCUUUGGUAAACGCGGCACCGAGGGCAUGAUCGCAGCUGCCAGUUGGGCGCGUGAGAACAAGACGCCCUACCUCGGGGUGUGCCUAGGCAUGCAGAUUGCAGUCAUCGAGUACGCGAGGAACGUGUGUGGAAUAGCCGAUGCUGGCUCCGAGGAGCUGGAUGGUGCCUUCGCGGAUUCGAAGAUCAUCGUCAACAUCCCGGAGAUUGACCAGGUCAGCCUGGGCGGUACUAUGCGUCUUGGCUUGAGGCCGACAUACUUCCAGGGUGGCAGUGAAUGGAGCCGGAUCCGCAAGCUCUACCGUAGAACACAGAAGCCGCUCGUCAACGGCCAUGCCGUCAAUGGUCAUGCCGUCAAUGGUCACGCUGUCAAUGGUCACGCUGUCAAUGGUCACGCUGUCAACGGUCACGCUGUCAAUGGUCACGCUGUCAAUGGUCACGCUGUCAACGGUCACACUGUCAACGAUCACGCCGUCAAUGGCCAUGCCGCCAAUGGUCACGCCGCCAAUGGAAAUGGCGUCAAUGGUCACGCCGUCAAUGGCCAUACUAUCAAUGGCGAGGCGGACACGAACAUGCCGGCCAUCCUCGAACGCCAUCGUCACCGUUUCGAGGUGAGCCCGGAGUACGUCAAGCAGUUGUCCAAGGCGGGGUGUAGCUUUGUGGGCAAGGAUGAAAGGGGCGAGCGCAUGGAGAUUAUGGAGCUAAAAGAGCACCCAUAUUUUGUCGGCGUGCAGUUCCAUCCGGAGUACCUUAGUCGUGUACUCGAGCCCAGCAGGCCGUAUCUGGGUCUCGUCGCGGCCAGCAUCGGGGAGUUACAGGGAGUGAUCGACCAUGGCUUGCGGAAUGAAGUUGCAUCUACCAACGGCAAAGUGAAUGGUUAA